AUGGAGCGGAUGGUAUCCCGUGUUCGUCGAUUAUCUCCAUUACACACAUUCUCAGAUGCCUUACUGAUUUCAUUAUUUUCGGAAUCAGAUUUCCAGCCAGAUAAUAUACAGCAAGGUGUAGUAUUAUUCGAAAAAGACGAGCCAACGGAAUAUUGGUAUCUAUUGUUGAGUGGAGAAGUGCAAUUGUACAGCAAAACAUAUGUAAGUCCUUCAAACUUUUAUUUAGAAUCUUCCAUUUUCGUUCAGGUUGGAGACUUCAAACACUUGAAGACGUUACGAUGUGGAUCCCUUUUUGGAGAUCUCUCCACAUUGACACAUUCUUGUUCUUGUUUAGUUUCAAGGCCCGCACAAUUAAUAAAGAUAGCUCAGAACCAUUUUUUAUCAGUUUACAAUAAACAUGGUGAUCAUCUCCAGCCGUUUAUCAUAAUUAUGCACGAUAUUUUGACUGACGAAACCCCAAUGGAUCCACAACUUCCAAUGCACAGUUCUGGUCUUUUCAAUGGUCAAAGAAGCAAUGAUUUAAUGUCUUCUGAAAUCAAUCCGAAUGAAAUAGUGUCUGUUUCAACUGAAGGGAUUCCAACAAAAAUGAUACUUCCAUCACUUCCACAUCGAAGAGAAAACAGAAGUCAUAGACCGAAUCAAUUGAACCAUAAUCAGAAUCAUAGAACCGAAGAUAGGAAUUUCAUUGAAUUCCACAAUCCAACAGGAAUCGAAAAACAAGUAUUGGAAUCGGGCGAAGUUUUACACAGGAAAAUGCUUACGGAUAAUCACCAAGUGAUUAGGGAUAUCACUACUCAGCAUACGGUAAUUUUCUUUCGCUCUUCUCAAAGCGAAUAUUUAAAUUUUCAGAGAGUACAAAACUGUAUGAUUGGCGCUGAAAUGAUCGAUUGGCUUCUCACACUUUUUGUAUCCACCUCGACCACAUCAUCAAGUCUUUCGAGAAUUCAAAUGAGCGCCAUUUGGCAAGUUCUUCUGAAUAAUGGAAUGAUCGCACAUAUUGAUGGAGAACAUGAGUUUAUGGACAAAACAAAUUCAUAUUAUCGAUGGGUUCAACCGUACAGAAAUAGGAAUAAAGUUGCUCCAACAAUAGAAGAAGUUUCCAAAAGUACUGCUUUACUUUCCUCCAUUGCUCCUGAGACUCUUUUUCUCAUGAUUGUUUCUAAACCUGGUUUCGAACGAAGCCCCGAAGAGUUAGAAGUCGUUUAUGAAGAGCUUACAUUCAUCAAAGCGCUUUCCCAUCUGAGCACAAUGGUCAAACGACAAUUGGCUAAUUUUGUGAAGGUGGAACAGUAUAUUCAUGCAGGAAGUGUUGUAUUUCGACAGAGAGAAAUUGGAGUUUACUGGUAUAUCGUUUUGAAAGGAGCAGUCGAAGUGAAUGUGAAUGGAAAGGUUGUUUGUAUAUUACGAGAAGGAGACGAUUUUGGAAAAUUGGCAUUGGUGAAUGAUCUUCCAAGAGCUGCAACUAUUGUGACCUAUGAGGAUGACUCUAUAUUUUUGGUUGUGGACAAACAUCAUUUCAAUCAAAUCCUCCACCAAGUGGAAGCCAAUACAGUCCGUCUGAAAGACUAUGGAGAAGACGUACUGGUUCUUGAGAAGGUAGACAUUCCUCGAGGAGCAGCUCUGGAAAACUCAAACUCUUGCAACUUCAACUGUGGAUAUUCGGUGAUGGCUGGAAAAGCUGAAAAGAUUUUAGAAUAUGUUUUGGAGACGAGGAUCGAUGCGCUCAGUGAUGACAUAUCUGAAAUUGAUCUAUUCGUUGAAGACUUCAUUCUAACUCAUGAUGCGUUUAUGCCAGCAAACACUGUCUGCAAUUUUUUGAAGUCUUAUUAUUUCAGAACUCCAUAUAGAGCUACAAGAGAUUCUAUCACUGAUUCCUGUACAGAAGAAGUUCGUUGCAAAAAAAGAGUUGUUCAAUUUGUCUAUAUCUGGUGUAGUAUGCUGAAAAUCAACUUUUUCCUAAAUCCAGUAACCAAUUCGUUUGUGGAAGAACUAUUUUGUCAUGUUAUUGAUGAUAGGAAACGAUUAGGAGGAAUGGAGGAGAUAAUGACACGAAUCGGAGCAAUUAGAACUUCGAGAGAGAAUAUGCAGUUGGUUUUGGCACGUCAUCCGGCAAUUGUAUUAGAUUGUGGAGUCCUUUCUGCCCGUACUCCAUGUCCCAUUCUACCUUCGGAUGUAUGUAAUCAGAUAAUUUAUUUGGCGGAUACAACGUGCUUUGUGCUCCCAAUAAGAGUUGAUAAGACUGCGGAGGAGAUUUGUGAACUUUCGAGAAGGAGAAUGAGUUUUUCGGCUGAACCUUUAAAAUUGGUUGAAGUGAAAUCAAAUGGAGAAAAACUGAUAUUCUCACCAACAGACAGAGCAAUUCCAACGGUGCUUAGUCUCAACUCUAAACUGUAUGUUGUGAAUCGAGAAGAGAUUCCUAUGUUGGUUCCGAUGGAAGAUCAAAAUGGACCGACUCCAACAACUCAUUCGUCAAUUCUUCAUUUGAUUGACUCGCAAGAACUUGCUCAUCAGCUAUUUUUAUUUCAUCUCCAACUUCUAAGAGCUACUGAUUCCAACGAAUUGCUCUAUCAAGUGAUUGGUCGAGAAUCAUUUCCGCAAAGUAUGCCAUUCAAUUUGGAUUUGCUUGUCAGAAGAUUCAAUGAAGUUCAACAUUGGUCUACUACAGAAAUUCUCUUAGCUACUGAAGAUAAUCGAGUGGAAAUUUUAAAGAAGUUCAUCCAUAUUGCAACUAUGUUGGUUAAAAAUGAAACAGAAUGGUUUGAAAAUAUUUUUUACAGAGCCAGAGAAUAUCGGGAUCUUCUGACUGUUUUUGCAAUUACACUUGGUCUCAGUCACACUUCCGUUAGUCGGCUUACUUUGACAUGGAAUAAACUUCCUCCAGCCACAUUCAAAACGUUUUCCGAGCUAGAGAACCUACUGGAUCCCACAAGAAACCAUCGAAUGUAUCGUCUCCUUGUUUCAAAAAUUGCUACUCCAUACAUCCCAUUUGUCCCUCUAAUAUUGAAAGAUUUGAUGUUUAUCCACCAAGGGAACAAAUCAUUUUACAAUGGACUUGUGAAUUUUGAAAAGAUGCACAUGUUUGCAAAAAUAUUUCGAAACUUCCGCCAAUGCAAAUCUCAUAUGAACGACACUACUGAUCAUCAAUAUGUGGAACCGCAAAGUUUGAUUCGAAAUUUAAGAGUGAUCGACAAUCAGAAAAUAUUAAUACAACUCUCCUACGGAAUCGAACCAAAAACUGCAAAACGAACAGUGACAAAGGAAAUUGAGAACAAUGGAAAAAGGGCAAUUGAUUCGAUCUGCUGCUAA